UCAACCGUUUGGAAAGAGCGCGAGAAACCGAGGGAAAGAGUUUUUCUUUGCGGAGGAAAGCGAGAAACGGCGGGGGAAAAAUGCUGAUCGGAGAGGCCGCGAGGUCUCCGCCGGCGCACGAGGAUCGCCCUCCGAUCGCGGGCUACGGUCCUCGUCGAUUCUUGCGCGGCGAUCGCUCGGAACGAGCCGAGCGGGAGAUGGCGCGCCACGAGAGGGAUCCGCCGAAGCGAGUGCUGAGUGAGGGGUUGACGACGAGCCGGCCUCAUCCGCUCGAGCGUUCUUGGACUUUCUGGUUCGAUAGUCCCACCGCGAAGUCGAGUCAAGCUGCCUGGGGAAGCUUGAUACGCCCGAUCUACACUUGCGCCACCAUUGAAGAGUUCUGGAGUGUUUACAACAACCUGCAUCGCCCAAGUAAGUUGGUGGUAGGAGCUGACCUCCACUGCUUCAAGAAUGAAGUGGAGCCGAAGUGGGAAGAUCCUGUCUGUGCAGACGGAGGGAAGUGGACUGUAACUUUCUCCAGAGGGAAUUCAGAUACGUCCUGGCUAUACACGUUGCUAGCAAUGGUUGGUGAACAGUUUAACCAUGGAGAGGAGAUUUGCGGAGCAGUUGUCAGCGUCAGAGCUAGGCAAGAAAAGAUAGCUCUUUGGACUAGAAAUGCUUCAGACGAAGCUGCUCAGAUGAGCAUUGGGAGGCAGUGGAAGGAGUUCACCGACUACAGCCAGAGCACGGGGUUCAUGUUUCACGAGGAUGCCAAGAAGUUUGACAGAGCUGCCAAGGAUCGCUACACGGUAUGAACAGGGGCACCAUCAUGGCAUCAUGCGUUGCACAAAAUGCCUGUUUUUUUAUGCAACUUCAGCAUGUGAUGCCUUCGCUGAUCAUCUGUACAGUGCUGAUGAUACGGGUUAGAGGUU